UAAAAAUAAACCAACAUAAAGAGCAGAACACAUAUGUUUCUUAGAAAUUUAAGUUAACUUAUCGCAAAAGUUGAAUCCUAUCUUUUGAUAUUUCAGAUAGACGGUAAAUGCUUGUUCUAAUGGUAUCAUCUAUCCUAUAUUAUAUUAACCCAGAUUCUCUUUACAUUGGAGCCUUUUUAGUUUUAGGCCAUGACAGCUAUAAAAGUGCAUGGUGGUAUCGAUAUUUUAAGGCUACCGGUAAACGAGGAGGAACAUGUUUGUCCUCCAUGGCGCAUCAAAUAUACCCAGUCUCACAUACUCCAUUCUAAGUGUUCUAAGAGCGAGAAUGGCUGUGGCACUGACACUGCAAACGCCUGUCAAUUUUGCCUGUACAGCAUGGCGUUAGAAUUGCCACAUAUGCCAGAUAUGGUGUUUCCCAAUAACAUGUUAUCCCUGAUACAUCAGAAUGGAGCAGCACUGCAAUUUAAUGCCCUGGACGCUCUAAGAUACGUUUCCAAUGGGAAGAUUAAUGUGCAGCUCGCUUGUGCAGAAGCAUGGAAAGAAUCGAGAUCAGAAAGUAGUGAAUAUCUAGAAGAAAAGAUCAAGCCUUUCGAUUGGACAUUCACUACCAAUUAUACUGGUACGAUAUCUGGCUUUAAAAUCGAAGAAACAAAUGAGAGAAUUGACAUGGACAAAUUGAAACAGAGAGAUAAGAUUAUGUUUUAUCAUGAUUUAACAUUGUUUGAAGAUGAACUUCACGACAAUGGCAUUGCUGUGAGUUCAGUCAAAAUUAGAGUCAUGCCUGGCAGUUUUUUUAUACUCUUGCGAUAUUUUCUUAGAAUCGAUAGCGUAAUGCUAAGAAUAAAUGAUACCCGUAUUUACCAUGAAUUUGGGAAAAAUUACUUGUUACGUGAGUUUACGUCACGAGAAGCCAAAGUUCAAGAUAUUCGCGUUUCCCCGGCACUCUUUUUGGAACCAAGUGCAAUAGCACCUCACCUGCCAUUAACUGGAAGUCGAUACCACAAACUAAUAGUACCUGAAAAAGAAGGAACUGAACUGAAUGAAGAUGUAACGGCACAAAGUGAAAUUACAAGUGAAAAAGAAAUAGUUCAAUCUGACGAACAUACAGCAGAGUGUUCCAUCUCUUAAAGCUUGUGCUAAGGUUUCGAUGUACGACAUUCUUUUCUUGAUAAAUGUGAAAAAGUAAUGAGAAAUUUAUUGUAUGCCAGAAAUCAAUUCUUGCUUGGACAUUUCGGGAAAUGUACUAUACAUAUAUAUACAAUUUUGAAGAUUGAAAACAAUAAAAAAGUUGUAUCGUGUCUUUAUCUGAAAUCAAUAUUAAGAUUCCAUCGCAAUUGAUUUUAAUUAUGCUGGCUUUGUAUCUUUUUCUUUCACUUUUUUAAUAUAAAUUAAGAAAAUCUCAAGAAAAACUAAGCAAUUAUCGAGGUUUAACGAUUAACUCGCACUACAUUCUUACUCGUGUAGCGUUCUAGCCAGUAAUGAGAAGAGUACAAUAAAUUCUGACUCGACCUU